CAGACACUCCGCAGUCAACAAGAUCCUGCGGAGCUCAUAAUACGGCGGCGAAGGAGUGGUCGAGUCAGGAUUCCACUGGUAAUACGACUCAACGUAGAUCGCACAUGGACACGCACGAGAUCCUAGCUCCCGCGGAAGGGGGAUUGACCGUCGGUCGUGCUACACCUGCUCUGCGUAGCAGGCCUCCCUCUCCGCAUCGACUUCCUUCCCAAUCCAUGGACGCCGAUCCUCCCAACCAGCCUCUUGAGAGUCCAACCUCUCUUGGACCUGUAGACGGGCAGAUACACGCGGCGGUGGCUGGUUCUCCGGAACAACAGGGCGGAGGCGAGCGACCCCUCAACGUGAGCGACGCGCUGAGCUACUUGGACUCCGUCAAGCUGCAGUUCGCGGAACAGCCAGAGGUGUACAACAAGUUUCUGGAUAUCAUGAAGGACUUCAAGAGCCAGCUUAUUGAUACUCCUGGGGUCAUUGAGCGCGUCUCAAAUCUCUUCCACGGUCACCCGGCCCUCAUUCAAGGGUUCAAUACCUUCCUUCCCGCAGGAUAUCGCAUCGAGACCGGCGACAACGCCGAUCCAAACACCAUCACCGUCACCACUCCCGCGGGAACUACCACCCAAGCCACCAACGCUGCCUUCAAGUACGGCAAGCAGCAGACAGUCACCGAAAGAGUCGCAGAGACGGUCAACCCCGAACCGGAGGCCCCAGUCGUUUCCCAGGAGUCCCUCAAACCCGCCCUGGAGUUCGUACAGAAGCUGCGUACGCGGUACGCGAACCAGCCCGCGGUCUACCAACGCUUCCUCAAGACGCUCGCAGAGUCGGGCAACCAAGGCCAGUCGGACAUAAGUCGCAUGGAGUCAUGGUCCGUCGCGUGUCUCUCUGCGCGGUACCCAAAGGGCGAGGUCAUGACGGAGAUCAUGGACCUGCUCAAGGACUCUCCGGACCUGAUGCGCGACUUCGUCCAGUUCCUGCCCGACGAGCGUGUACAGAAGGAGGAGCUCGCGCGCAUUGCGAGGCUUGAGGAGUCGCGCAAGGCGAGCGAGUCGAAGCCCAAGCGCGCGACAAAGGAGGAGAAGGAGAAUCCAUCGGGCUCUGUUGCAACGGGUCAGAAGCGGAAGCGGAAACCGGCGGGCGACAAGGAGAAGGAGCCUGUCACAAAGACUUCUGCCAACAAGAAAGCGAAGGUGCAAACGUCGAGCGAAGCUCCAUCGCCAGCGUUGGCGCAACGCCAGGCGGCCGCUGCUGCACCUCCUUCACCGAUCCGUGCACCCCCGCAACCUCCGCCUCGAGCAUUCUACCUGCAUCCUCAACAGACUAUCUCCCUCGCUCCUCCCAUGCCAGUCCCCGUCCAGGCGACAAGCUCUAUUCAUCCAAGUGAUGAGAAGCACUUCUUCGAGCGCGUGAAGCGCGUUCUGGACAACCGUGAGACCUAUAACGAGUUCCUGAAGCUCGUCAAUCUUUUCACUCAGGAUAUCAUCAAUACCACACGCCUCGUUCGAGAGGCCAGGUCGUUUAUCGGUGAUGGAGAGUUAAUGGCACAGUUCAAGGAUAUUCUCGGAUGGGACGCGAACAAGGAACGGAUGGCUGCACUGGAGGAGUCAUGGACGCGACCGAUGGGUGUCCUCGACCGUCCGAGUCGGCACCAGCUGCAUAAUCGAUAUGGCAGCUACCGCAAACUGCCCGCCCAUGAGGUCAACGUGCAAUGUUCGGGGCGAGAUGAGAUGUGCAACUCCGUGCUCAACGAUGAGUGGAUCUCGCAGCCCACGUUCCAGAGCGAAGACGCUGGCUUUGUUGCCCCCAAGAAGAACGUCUACGAAGAGGCGCUCCACCGCAGCGAAGAAGAGCGCCAUGAGUAUGAUUUCCACGUCGAGGCCAUCCACCGCACGAUCCAAGUUCUCGAGCCUCUGAACAACAAGAUCCUGCAGCUGACCCCCGAGGAGCGCGCGACCUUCAAGCUCAAGCCCAACCUGGGCGGCGUCGGGAAGGCGAUCCACCAGCGCGUCAUCAAGAAGAUCUACGGCCGCGACCUCGGUAUCGAGGUGUGGGGCGCGAUGCAGGAGGUGCCUGCGACGGCGAUCCCCGUCGUCUUGGGCCGUCUGAAGCAGAAGCACGAGGAGUGGAAGCGCGCACAGCGCGAGUGGGACAAGGUCUGGCGCGAGGUCGACGCGCGCAACUACCACAAGUCGCUCGACCACCAGUCGGUGACGUUCAAGGCCGCGGACAAGAAGGCGAUCACGCAGAAGGUGUUCGUCACGCAGAUCGAGGCUGCGCGCGACGAGCAGCGUGUGAACCGCGCGGCGCUCAUAGACCCGCUGUUCGCGCGCACGAAGCCGCGGCACCAGCUCGAGUUUGUGGUGGAGGACCCGGCGGUGCUCCAGGACGCGCUGAAGCUGGCGUUUUCGUUUCUGGACCGGACGCAGGCCCAGAUCUCGCUUCCAGACCGGAGGAAGAUCGAGACAUUCUUGCGAUCGUUCGUCCCGCUGUUCUUCAUGCUCGACGCUACCGCAUUCAACGCGGCGUUCGUCCCUCACCAUGAGUCCCUUGACAGCGAUUUCGAGCUUGAGGCGGUAGGCGAGGACGUGGAGAUGGGUAGCGCGAACGGCAGCACUUCUUCGUCGAGGUCACGAAGCAACAAGAAAGGCAAUGGCGCAAACGCUGCUGGAGACUUGCGUAAACGGUUGCUGAAGAGCGAGCAAGCGAAGUCGUCAAGGCGGACCAGGGCGCAGGAGGCAGCGUCCCCAACACCAUCGAGGUUCGCGUCUCCGGUGCCGUCUGAUGCGAUGCAAGUGGAUGGAGACGCUGCAAAAGUAGAGAAUGGUAUCAGUCGGCUCGACAAGUCGACGUCGCGGAGGCGAGGGACGUUCUACACAAACACGGCAUUCUAUGUCUUGUUGCGCUUGCUCGAGCUGCUCUACACGCGAUUGCAUCUGUUCAAGAAUCUUACGAAGGAGAUGGCGGACCGCAGCAAUGAUCCCUUUGAGCCCAAUCCUUCGUCUAUCAGGUCGACCAUUCAGGCCGAUCUCGCCAAGCUGGGCAAUAGACUCGAUCAAUCGUCUCACUAUUACGAGCUAAUGCUUGAGUCCUGCGAGAAGCUCUUUGAUAACGAAAUUGAGCAGCCUGCCUUCGAAGAGAUGAUGCGAUACAUGUUCGGGUUGAAGCACGCGUACAAGCUGUUCACUGUGGACAAGGUCAUUGGUGCGCUCAUCAAGCAGGUGCAGACCAUUCUAUCAGACCCGAAGAGCCAAGACUUGUACGAGCUUCUACGGCGCGAACGGGAGAUCACUUCUCCUACGACUCAGGACCUCAUUAACUGCCGUCGGAAUACUGAACGUGUUCUCGGACCAGACGAGAACUUGUUCCGCAUUGACUGGCUUCCCGAGCCGAAGACUAUGACAAUCCAAUUGAUAGGCAAGGACGAUGUCACAUACGACGACUCGGAAGCUAUGACAGGACGCUGGCAAGCGUACAUCGAGUCGUUUGUUUCGCAUCACUAUACUGCGGGAGUUCCAUCGUCGUCCACCAUCCGACGGCCGUUCCUCCUCCGCACGAAGGUGCCUUCUCCCUCCGGUGCCAUGCCGGAAAUUGUUGCCCGGGGUGGUCUGCAAAUCAAGGUCUGCGUCCGCACCUAUCGCCUCUUCUUCGUCUCGCGCUCGGAAGAUGUUAUGGUCCGUCUCUCAUCUCCUCAGGAGCGUGCCAACGCUCGCAAGGCCGUUGAGUUGCGGAACGGGAAGCGGAAGAAGUGGCUGGAAGACUAUGCUAGUAAGCACGUGAAGGAUGAGCCCCAGAGCGCUACUAUGGAGGUCGCUCCCCAAACUCCGGCGGUCGGGCCAACGCAUCCUCUGACUGCGAGCGACUCUUCGCCGAAGCCCUUAGCUCAGCCUGCACAUCCACCAGUCACGAAAGAAGUGGAUAUGGAAGUCGUUGGUAGGGCGAGGGAGAGGCAGCCGGAGGUCAGCGUCUUCACGUCCCCGCAGGACGAUCCGAUCGAGGCUGCCGCUGCCGCUGCAGCAAUUGGUUCAGCACCUGAACCCGACCCCGACGAUGUUGCGAUGGGUGACGCGACAUCUGCUUUAGAACGUCCUGUACAAGAGGCUGCACCAGUUGCGUCCGCCAUGGAGAUGGAUAGCGCCCCAGAUACAACGGCGCCACCUGCAGCAGCCAAAUUGGGAGAGUUCGGAUCAUCGCCCGGACAAGCUUCGUGUGUACCCAAUGCCCAGCCAUCGCCUGCGGCACCUGCGUCCGCUUCCUCCUCUGCGCCUGCUGCUGCUGCUUCCGGGGCCGCCUCCAAUAUCCCUGUGUCUAUAAUGGCUACACAGUCUAUACCCGCGGAUAGGCCGGUCUCAACAGCCCUUCCAUCCGCUCACGCUCCUCCUGCUUCGACAACACAGUCUUCCAAGGUCCUCUCGGAGUCUUCACCUUCUACUCCGACACCUGAUCCUUCUACGACCAGCCCGGAGCAACAACCGUUGCCAGCUGUGUCCGCUCGGCCGUCUAGUUCUGCUUGGUCCGGCUCUGCUCCUCGAAAUACUUCGUCUGGAUCGUCGUCCGGUUCUAUCGCGUCCUCAUCGGAACCAGCGGCAGUCUCAGCAUCAGCUGCGCCUCCUCCACCUACUCGUGCGCCUCCACCCGCAUCCACAUCUGCUUCCGCGCUCGUGGAAGCCUCAUCAGCGCCAGCAGGUACGACUGCUGCCCCUGGUCCCCCGUCUCCAGCUCAAGCACCAGCGGCAGACACAGCUCCCCCUCAUCUCGAAGCGGCACCAAAUCAAACCACGUUGGAACCUCCUCCGCAAGGUGCCACAGAGGAGCGACAUCCGCCAUCUGGCGCCCCUUCAGUUCAGUCUUGA